UUUGCCUAAACAGGGAUGGUUAACGUUAUAGCUAUGGAUACUACUAUGGGAGUCCAUUAAACAAGACAUGCACCCAAGUUAACCUGUACGUAACACAAUCGAAACUCUUCGACCCACCCUGAACGGUUUUGUUAACGGUUAACCACCAGUUAACAAACACUGGCCUAGCCUAUAUAUUGGUGUGCAUCCCUAGACAGGAUCCUUUACAGACAGUCCUGCAGAGCAAAUUAUAACAGUGAACACUGGAUACCAAGAAAUGUAGGCUACAAGUUCUCGGCUUUAGACACACAACAACAAAGACCUGAUUGCUUUGUGAAGAAAAUGCUGGCAGUGACCUGGGAUACAGAGGAGUCCUCAUUGGAAGAUGAUCUACAGGACCAUCUCUGCAUUUCUUGGAGUGGAAUCAGUAGGAAGACUCCAGUUCUGUUGUUCUAUGCUGAGGCCCUUGUGAUCAAAAAUGGCAGCCUCCGUAGUAUUGGUGAGCGGUUUAACUUGGCCUUCAAGAUUGUACGUACAGAAAGUCGACUGGUGCGUGGAAUACUCACCAACCAUGGAUUCCAUGAGGUCCAUCCCAACAGUAAUGACUUCAACCUCAUGUGGACAGGCUCUCAUCUGAAGCCUUACCUGCUCCGUGGUCUCCAGGCCUUUCAGAAGGUCAACCAUUUUCCAAGGUCGUAUGAGUUGACGCGAAAGGACCGGCUAUACAAAAACAUUCACCGUAUGCAGCAGGCACAUGGAUACAACAACUUCCACUUUAUUCCACAGACUUUCAUGCUCCCAUCAGAGUACCAGGAGUUCUGCAACUCCUUCUCUAAGGACAAGGGACCUUGGAUUAUCAAGCCAGUAGCCUCCUCUCGUGGGAGGGGAAUUUACUUGGUUAGCAAUCCCAGCCAGAUCUCAUUGGACGAAAACAUUCUGGUUUCCCGUUACAUCAACAACCCACUGCUCAUUGAUGACUUCAAGUUUGAUGUGCGACUGUAUGUACUAGUCACUUCCUAUGACCCCGUCAUCAUCUAUCUCUAUGAAGAAGGACUUGCCAGGUUUGCCACAGUGAAGUAUGAACAGAAUACAAAGAACAUCAAGAAUCAGUUCAUGCAUCUUACUAAUUACAGUGUUAACAAGAAGAGCAGUGAUUAUGUCAGCUGUGAUGACGCUGAAGUGGAGGACUAUGGCAACAAAUGGAGUAUGAGUGCAAUGCUGCGGUAUCUGAAACAGCAGGGCAUGAACACCACAUUGCUAAUGGGGCAGAUAGAGGACCUGGUGAUAAAAGCUCUGCUAAGUGUGGAGCUCACGGUAGCCUCUGCUUGCAAGAUGUUCAUUCCCUACAGGACCAAUUGCUUUGAACUCUAUGGUUUUGAUGUCCUUAUUGAUUCCAACCUUAAGCCUUGGCUCUUGGAAGUUAACCUAUCUCCUUCUCUAGCUUGCGAUACUCCACUAGAUCUGAAGAUCAAGGCCAGUAUGAUUUCAGACAUGUUAUCCCUCAUUGGCAUUGUGUGUCAGGACCCUUUGGAGCGACAGCCACAUGUAGAUCGAACAGGGCAGGAGUCCAGUCUCAAGUGCCAGACCCAGAAAUCUCAGAGGCCUUAUUCUGCAAACAGCUCAGAGAAGGGGGGUACCAAGCAGGAGAGCCAUGCAGACAGCACACUCAGCCUUACAUCUGAGGAGACAAAGGUACUGAAGAGAACACAGGAAGAGUAUGAAAGGAGAGGGGGAUUUGUACGGAUUUUUCCCACUUCAGACACUUGGGAACUCUACAGCGGUUAUCUGGAGUACAAGACAAAUAUGAACUCCAUGCUGGCCAACAGAUUGUUCCCUGGAAGAUAUGGAAAAGCAGCCAUGGCUUCAAGAUCACGUAGUAGAGCUAGUGCAGUUGCUUCAGUGGAUGGGGAUGGCUGCCAGUCAGAUCAUGUGCUGCUGUACGAGAGGAAGCUGCUUAGCCUUGAGACCCGCUGCCUGAGGAGGCACUCAGCCAAGAGGAGCAGGCGGAGACAAACUGGCAGGAGAUGCAGGGAGAACACUUUUGUGAGCAGUGGAGAUGAGGAAGGUGAAGAGGCAGAAGAUCUAGCAUUUGUGGAGGGUGAUGAGAAGGGAAGACCCUCUACUCUGUGCUCCCACAAAUCCCAGGAUGAACAGAGGGAGACAGCCCUUGACACCCGCUUGUCAGGAGAUGCCUCAGCCAUCAACAAGCCACAUCUCAGUCUACUUUAUGUCCUUCAGCAAGGAUGGCACCUCAGUAAAGUGCAGGCUCGAAUGGCCUUUUCUUGUUAUCUCCAGCAUGUGCAGAAAAGACUGUUAACUGAAAGCAAAAUUAACUGUGGAUCACCUUUUCCAGAGAAAGACAAUGAUCAAAUGGAACUGAUCAUCCGCUUUUUGAAACGAGCCGCUAGCAAUCUUCAGGAAGACAUGAAGAUGGAUCUACCCAGUACCCAGCUGCCACUGCAGGACCGCUGUCGUAUCCUCUCACACCAGCUGGGGGAGUUCAUACGCUGUUACAACAAGGAGACACACCAAAUGGUUCAGAAGCUAGAGAAGAUCAACGAUGAAGAACGCUGCAUAGAUCCAAGUGUAUUCAAAGACUUUAUUAGGAAAGCCUGUGAAAAUGACUUGGAGGAAGUGUUAACCUUCUACACCCAGAAAAACAAGUCAGCAAAUGUGUUUUUGGGGACUAAAUGCCACAACUCUAAACCAGCACAUAAUAAGACCUUUUGUCCUGGCUCAGGAGAACCAGAGAGAGUUAACUCUGCGAAGUGGUCCAUGAUGUCUUCUGCUGUUGGUCAAGUCCAGGAUGUCCGAAUGGGUGCAGUCCAAAGGGAAAAUGCCUUUGAGAAUGGAAUUCUCCAGACAAACAGAGGCCUUCAAAGGGAUAUUGAUAUAAUUGAGGUCAAGCCUCACAACUUCACUAUCAGUGAAAUGCAAAGCGAUAUGUCAACAAGUGGAAUGAAAAAUGGGGAACUUUUAACAACCAAAUCUGGAGAUGUCAGAACUGCUAAAUCACAUACGAGAACUGAACCGGAUGCUUCAGUAGCCAGCAAUGCUCAACACAGAAUCCUGGUAUCUUCAAACACAGCUGCCUUAAACUGUGAUGUGGACAAUUGCUCUUCUCUACCUCAGGCCCAAAGUGAUUCUCAUUCUCACUCUCAUCACACAACCUAUUCUAAACCUCAACCACAUCCCAUCAAUCAUGCUGAAAAUGGUCAUUAUAGCCCUGUUUCUUCUAUGCUCAACAAUGGCCGUGCACAGGCCAUGCGCUCCAACUCGGUGUCAGCACCUGCCACUGGGACACUGCAGGCAGUGCAGUCCUCUACCACUUUUGACUCCACCAAGACACCAUUGUCAUUGUCCACCCCCAGCUCUCUACCUAUUUAUCAUAAGAUGACCUCUUAUCCCAGCUCCACAGUUUCAGAAACUCUGUCAGAGAGAUCAAAGAGCCAUUUCAAAAAGUCUAACCCUGGCUCAGGUGGAGUUCUGAAAGAGCUGGACUCUCUGUCGUCUCAACAUCACCAGCAAGCCAUCACAACAGCCUUGAAAAACCUGGUGGAGAAGCAGGCGGCACAACAGCGCUCAACCUCCAGCCAGAUCACUAUGAUGACACAAAACGACUGUCAUCCUCUGUUGACCAACCUGAGUCUUUCCAGUGGGGUUCUUAGAAAGAAUAGUUUGCACCUCAGCCAAAGUCUUCAGAACUGGCCAAAAAGUCUGUUCUCAGAAUCCAGCUUUUACAGUGCUUCAAGUCAUAAGGCCACACAAGAAUACUUGACCAAAUGGGACAGAGGUGCCCACCAAAGGGCCAUACAGCCUCCAGACAGCAACCAGUCUUCUGCUGGUAGCUACCAGCUUCACUUUGCUAUUCAGCAGUUGCAACAACAGAAGCAAAAGUCCAGUCAGUUGCUUUGUCAGAGUCGCAGCCGGCACCAGGCUAUUCUGGCUGCUCAUGCAGUUAACCGCUGGCCAGAUGACGUUUCCCCUCACCCAAAGACCUCACCUCUUCCUGCAGCCAGGACUGUGGUGAGCUACUCACCACGGUCAAACUCUGCCGUCCACAGCACCUUCAGCCCCACCCAAGUAACUCCUGUUCACACUUCAAAACCUCCAGCCACCAGUCAUAAAAGGUCCAGCCGAUAAACACUUCCAUCCAUCGUCCCAACAAGUCUGGUUGUGUACAGCCACUCAGGGAUCUAAGCAGAGAUGACAUGGACAUGUCUGUUCCACAGGGAUUGCUACUGAACUCCUGCUCUCUUCACAUGGUAUUUUAGUCGUCUCCACAGGACCUAGAUUCAGUUGCUUGUCUCUGAACUUCCUCUGGUUUCAGAUUUCCUCUUUUCCAGACAAGUGAUCACUGGUCUCACAGGAAAUUGUCUGAUCUGAUGUAUGUUUUUAAAGAAACCAAGGGACCAAUCCAAAAUCAAGUGACACCUGUUUAUCUCAAACAAUGUAGAAGUGCAGACAAGAUGCCCAGGCAGUAACAAAUCCCUCUUCAGACAAUUGAAAGGUUUUUUGUGACAUUACUCCAUCCAACACCAACAUUAGCUGUGCUUGCAAUUUCCCAAUCCUUCCAAUCACAUGUUCUAAGUCCAUUGGGGAAAAAUGGCAACAGUAGCAGCCAAUCACAAUGUAAAGAUUGUGUUGGAGUCAGCCAGCUUUUGUUUUUUGUACCUGUGUUAGGAUGUUCAGCACCUGUGGAAACACAUGCACAGUUUCUUAUGUAAGAGAUAUGCCAAAACCAUGUACACAAAAAUAAAUAAACAGGGGCAUUUUUACAUCA